GUAUUGAGGAUGAAUUCUGAGGCCCAGGAUGUUGUGACAUCUUCUGAUUUAAGGCCUUCAGAUUGUAUCAGGAAGGGAUCAGCUGGUGUUGUGGGUAUGAUGCUUCUAAAAUCAGACCAGAACUUGCAUGUUCCAUUUACGCAGGAUGCACCACUUAUGACAGAAGACAUGCAUGAAGAACGACUCAAUGCUGUAGAAGCCUUGGGUUCUUCAUUUAACUUCUCUGCUCAGUUGGAGAGAGAUAUAUUAUCUUCAGACAUGUCAGCAUUCAAAGCAGCAAAUCUAGCUGCUGUAUUUGAAGAUUUUAUCCACUGGCAUUCACCUAGAGAUUGGGAGAAUGAUGACUUCGAAGAGAGUGGAGAAGUGUCUACAAAUGAUGCAAUGGAAUCGUUAAAAAACAAUUGGCCUCCUCGAGGAUGACUUUCAAAGGGAAUGUCUGAGCAUGGGAAUUUGUGGCGAAAAAUUUGGAAUGGUGCGCUUGCUUUGCCAGCUUCUGAGCAGAAGCCACUUUUGGACCCUAAUUGAGAAGGAGAAAAG